ACCUGUAAUCUGAUACUGAUUAAAAACACAUCGAAAUAUAAGUAGGCAGAGCUUCCUUCGUCAGUCAUUCCCGAAACAUGUUGAAAACGUGUUGGCUUCUUUCCCUCUUUCUGUUGGCCUCUGGCCAAGAGACCUGUGACUUCGUGUGUCCUGACCACUUAGACCCCGUGUGCGGAUCCGAUGGCAUAACGUAUCCGAAUCUGUGCGUUCUGGAAUUGGUCGACUGUUUGAGCGACGAAGACAUUACCUUGGCACAUCCGGGACCCUGUGAGACCAAACAAGAAUCAUGUGACAUUCUGUGUAGCACUGACUACGACCCCGUUUGUGGCUCCGACGGCGUUACGUACUCCAACCUCUGUAACUUGGAGGUGGCCGAUUGUCUCAGCGAUGAGGAUAUCACGCUGGCAUACCCCGGUGAGUGCAAGGUGACCCCGGGAGACUGUAACCUUGGAUGCCCCGGGAACUAUGACCCUGUGUGUGGGUCAGACGGGAUCACGUAUCCCAACUUGUGUGUCCUAGAGGCAGUCGACUGUCUCAGUGAUGAAGCUAUUACGUUGGCUUACGAAGGCGAGUGUAAAGAGGUGAAGAAGGGAGACUGUGACUUCCCUUGCCCUGAUAACUACGACCCCGUGUGCGGUUCCAACGGCGUCACUUACUCCAACUUGUGCGAGCUGGAACGAGCCAAUUGCCAGAGUGACCAGGAAAUCACUGUGGCUUACGAUGGCGAGUGCAAGGGCUGUGACUUCCCUUGCCCUGAUAACUACGACCCCGUGUGCGGUUCCAACGGCGUCACUUACUCCAACUUGUGCGAGCUGGAACGAGCCAAUUGCCAGAGUGACCAGGAAAUCACUGUGGCCUACGACGGCGAGUGCAAAGAGUUGAAGAAGGGAGACUGUGAUUUCGGUUGCCCUGAUAACUACGACCCCGUGUGCGGUUCCAACGGCGUCACUUACUCCAACUUGUGCGAUCUGGAACGAGCCAAUUGCCAGAGUGACCAGGAAAUCACUGUGGCUUACCCUGGCGAGUGUAAUUCCUGUGAUUUCGGCUGCAGUGGAUUGUGGGACCCCGUGUGUGGCAGCGACGGCGUGACCUACUCUAACCUAUGUCAACUUGAGAUUGCCAAUUGCCUUAAUGGAGGAGGUAUUAGCCUGGCGUACCCGGGAGAAUGCGAGGCGACGGACGGUUCCUGCGACAUCGUUUGCACUGCCAACUAUGACCCCGUGUGCGGUUCUGAUGGCAACACGUAUGGCAACGCGUGUGACCUUGAAGUUGCAGAUUGCAUGAGUGAUGAGGAUAUUACUCUGGCACAUCCAGGUCCUUGUUAAUGUAUGAAAAAACGGAGAAGUUCUAACACGUUUUCAUCUCAGUAAAAAAAAAAUCAGGAAAAUUUUUUAUUACAUUCUCAUUUAUUCUCUUUCGUUAAAAAAAAAAAAAACAUAUCCCGGGUAUUUUCGAAAUUUAUGUGUUAAAAAAUCCGAGGGGAAUGUAUUUGUAAAAUUCGGAAUAAAUAUUGAUUUGAUUACU